AUGUCGAAUCUCAUGCACAAGGUCAAAGAUGCCUUGACUGGCCAUCACCAUAAUUCCGAUUCCCGCAAAGGGAACAAGCCCAGUACCAAUGACUAUAACUCGGGCGGCGGAGAGAGAUAUGGACCUGGCGAUGGUUCCUAUAACUCUCAGCCCAGCUCUGACAACUAUAGUUCUGGCGACUACGAGCGCAGGACGGACACAUACGAUUCGGGAACCGCUGGUGACUACGGCGGCAGCUACGGAUCUCAGUCUAGCACCUACGACUAUGGUAAUACUGGUGGUUUUGGUACUGGUUCUGCAGAUUAUAGACAUGAACCAGAGAGAUACGGUGGCUCAGGAACUGGCCAUGAAUCGCGGGCUAUGGACAGUGGAGCGAUGCAGGAUUUCGGUGGUCGUACAGGAGGCAGCAGCUACAACACCUACAGCCAGGACACUGAAUCUUCUGAGUUCAGCCCUACCAGCAGGCUUGACUCUGGCAAGAUGGGAUACCAUUCGAUGGGCCCGGGUGGUACGCAGCGGAAUCAAUGGUAG